AAGGAAACGGGCGCUUGCGCGAGGGUCUGUGCCGAGGUACGCGCUAACCACCCACCCACCCCGUUCCCCAGUAGCGGGUGAUCGUUGGUGCUCUAUCGGAGGUUAGGACGUCGCCGACACCGCUGCCGCUGGUGUUCGUCGUCGUCGUCGUCGUCGUCGUCGGCCACCGCCGAGAGGAAACGUUCUCAGCGCCGGCAGCCGUAGCGUGUGCAGCCGAAACAUGUCGGAUCAUCCGAGUGGCCAAGUGUGACCAAGUUUCCAUCCGCGCCCUAUUCGCUAUCGAGGCUGGGGACGGUGGGCAGGGGAGUGAGAAUCGGUGCGGGAGAGGAAAAUAACGCGACAAAGGGGUGAACUGCGGUGACUCGACGUCAGGUUACGUGAAGACGUGCCGACGGGAUGGCCGACAGCGAGGGUGGCUCCGAGCAGGAUGACGUAUCCUUCCUUCGCACGGAGGAUAUGGUAUGUCUGUCCUGCACGGCAACCGGUGAAAGAGUGUGCCUGGCAGCCGAGGGAUUUGGUAAUCGACAUUGUUUCCUCGAGAAUAUCGCGGAUAAGAACAUACCACCCGACCUGUCGCAAUGCGUAUUCGUAAUAGAGCAGGCUCUCUCGGUGCGAGCUUUGCAGGAAUUGGUCACUGCUGCCGGUUCCGAGACGCAGCAAGAAAAUUUAGGAAAGGGGACAGGAUCUGGACACAGAACUUUAUUGUACGGUAACGCCAUUUUACUAAGGCAUCAGAACAGCGACAUGUAUUUGGCUUGCUUAUCGACCAGCUCGUCCAACGACAAGUUGGCUUUCGACGUGGGUCUCCAACAGCAUUCUCAAGGCGAGGCCUGUUGGUGGACGGUGCAUCCAGCAUCGAAGCAAAGAUCCGAGGGUGAGAAGGUUCGAGUCGGCGAUGACCUUAUCCUGGUAUCCGUGGCCACCGAAAGAUACCUGCACACCACCAAAGAGAACGAUUUAUCGGUGGUGAACGCCUCGUUCCACGUGACCCACUGGUCCGUGCAACCGUACGGUACAGGAAUCAGCCGGAUGAAAUACGUCGGUUACGUGUUUGGCGGUGACGUUCUUCGAUUCUUCCACGGUGGCGACGAGUGUCUCACCAUACCCUCAACAUGGAGCACAGCGCCCAGUCAAAAUAUAGUGAUCUACGAGGGAGGGAGCGUGAUGAGCCAGGCACGAUCGUUAUGGAGGUUGGAGCUGGCGAGGACGAAGUGGGCAGGUGGUUUCAUCAAUUGGUUGCACCCGAUGAGAAUCAGACACCUGACUACAGGCCGGUAUCUCGGCGUGAAAGAAAACAACGAAUUGUAUCUGGUCGAUAGGAACGAGGCCACGAUCGAGACCUCGACGUUCUCGUUGCGGCAAGAGAAGGACGAUCAAAAGAUCGUUCUCGAGGACAAGGAUCUCGAGGUUAUCGGUACACCGAUCAUCAAAUACGGUGACUCGACCGUUAUCAUGCAACACGCCACCACUUGUCUCUGGGUCUCGUACAAAUCGUACGAGACGAAGAAGAAGGGCGUGGGCAAGGUGGAGGAGAAGCAAGCCGUCCUUCACGAGGAAGGGAAAAUGGACGACGGUUUGGUCUUCUCCCGUUCGCAAGAGGAGGAGUCUAGGACAGCUCGAGUGAUUAGGAAAUGCAGCAGUCUGUUUACCCAAUUCAUCACAGGCCUAGAGACGCUGCAAGUGGAUAGAAGAGCGUCCAUGUUCUUCCAAAACGUGAAUCUGAACGAAAUGGUGAUGUGUCUGGAAGAUUUGAUUAAUUAUUUUGCUCAACCCGAAGACGACAUGGAACACGAGGAGAAACAGAACAAAUUCCGAGCCCUGAGGAAUCGUCAAGACUUGUUCCAAGAGGAAGGUAUACUGAAUUUGAUCUUGGAAGCGAUCGACAAGAUCAACGUGAUCACGUCGCAAGGUUUUCUCGUCGCCCUUUCGGGUGACGAGAGCGGCCAAGCCUGGGAUCAAAUAUCCGGAUACCUGUAUCAACUAUUGGCAGCAAUAAUCAAAGGAAAUCACACGAAUUGCGCCCAAUUUGCCAACAGCAAUCGAUUGAACUGGUUGUUCAGCCGUCUGGGAUCGCAAGCCUCGAGCGAGGGCACAGGGAUGUUGGACGUGCUUCAUUGCGUCCUCAUCGAUUCGCCCGAGGCUUUGAACAUGAUGAGAGACGAGCACAUUAAAGUGAUAAUUUCCCUGCUCGAGAAACACGGAAGGGAUCCAAAAGUGUUGGACGUUCUUUGCUCGCUAUGCGUGGGUAACGGCGUCGCCGUCCGCUCGUCGCAGAACAAUAUCUGCGAUUUCCUGUUACCCGGGAAGAAUCUACUCCUCCAAACCCAGCUGGUCGACCACGUGGCGAGCGUAAGGCCGAACAUAUUCGUCGGUAGAGUCGAAAAUUCGGCCGUUUAUCAAAAAUGGUACUUCGAAGUCACCGUCGAUCAUAUAGAGCAGACCACGCACAUGAUGCCGCACUUGAGAAUAGGAUGGGCCAACACUUCCGGGUACAUGCCAUAUCCCGGUGGUGGCGAGAAAUGGGGUGGAAACGGUGUCGGCGACGAUCUCUACUCGUUCGGGUUUGACGGCGCCUAUCUGUGGACGGGCGGUAGAAAGACCCAAGUUGUCCACAACGUGACGGAGCCUUACAUCAGGAAGAGCGACGUGAUCGGUUGCGCGUUGGAUCUCACGAUACCCAUAAUCACCUUCACCUUCAACGGAGCGCCCAUCACGGGCUCGUUUCGAAAUUUCAACCUGGACGGCAUGUUCUUCCCCGCCAUCAGCUGCUCGUCCAAAUUGUCCUGCAGAUUCCUGUUGGGCGGCGACCACGGCCGGCUCAAGUUCCAACCGCCGGAAGAAUUCUCACCCCUGGUGGAGAGCCUGCUGCCCCAACAAAUAUUGUCCCUCGAUCCGUGCUUCUACUUUGGAAACAUGAACAAAGUGGUGCUUGCCGGCCCCUGGCUGGUCGAGGACGACACGGCUUUCGUCCCGGGCCCGGUCGACACGUCCAUGAUCAACCUGCCGUCCUACGUCGAGCAAAUCAGGGACAAACUGGCCGAGAACAUCCACGAGAUGUGGGCGAUGAACAAAAUCGAGGCCGGAUGGAUGUACGGGGAGCACAGGGACGACAUGAGGAAGAUUCAUCCCUGCAUCGUUCAGUUCGAGAGAUUACCGGCAGCGGAGAAACGUUACGACACUCAACUGGCCGUGCAGACUCUCAAGACCAUUCUAGCGUUGGGAUAUUACAUCACUAUAGAUAAACCGCCGUCGAGGAUAAAAACUUUGAGGCUUCCGAACGAGCCCUUUCUGCAGAGCAGCGGUUACAAGCCAGCUCCCCUCGAUCUCACCGCGAUCACCCUCACGCCCAAGAUGGAGGAGCUGGUCGACCAGCUCGCGGAGAACACCCACANUUUGUGGGCGAAGGAAAGGAUCGGUCAGGGUUGGACGUAUGGCCUGAACGAGGAUUCGGAGAUGAGAAGGAGCCCCCAUUUGGUUCCAUAUCCGAAAGUGGACGAAGCGAUCAAGAAAGCCAAUCGUGACACAGCCAGUGAAACGGUGAGGACGCUCUUGGUCUACGGAUACAUGUUGGAACCGCCUACCGGGGAACAGCACGAAGCGCUGUUAUUGGAGGCCAGCAGGUUACGUCAAUUGUCAUUUAGAACUUAUCGCGUCGAGAAGCAUUACGCGGUGAGCAAUGGAAAGUGGUACUUCGAGUUCGAGGUUUUGACGGCUGGCCCGAUGCGAGUUGGCUGGGCGAAAGCGGAUUGCAUGCCCGGAAGCAUGCUGGGAAGCGACGAGAACACAUGGGCUUUCGACGGUUACAACGUAACUAAAGUACACGCCGGUACCCACGAGUCAUUUGGUCACAAAUAUCAAGUGGGCGACAUUGUUGGAUGUUUCAUUGACGUCGCGGACCGAACGAUCAGCUUUUCUCUAAACGGGGAACUGCUGAUGGACGCGUUGGGUGGUGAAACCUCGUUCGCCGACGUGCAGGGCGACUGUUUCGUGCCAGCUUUCACUCUCGGUGUCGGUCAAAAAGCGAAAUUAACGUUUGGACAGGACGUGAAUACCCUGAAAUUCUUCACCACCUGCGGUUUGCAAGAGGGAUACGAGCCAUUCUGCGUAAACAUGAAUCGACCGGUUACGUUCUGGUACACCAAGGAUCAACCGAUUUUCGAGAACACGGACGACAUGGCUGACACGAGGAUAGACGUGGCCAGGAUUCCAGCGGGUUCCGACACUCCGCCAUGUUUGAAGAUCUCCCACAACACGUUCGAAACGAUGGAGAAGGCCAAUUGGGAAUUCCUUCGACUGUCGUUGCCAGUUAUAUGUCAAUCGAUCUUCAUUUCGGAGAGCGAGAAACUGAGAAGAUGGCAGGAGAUCAAAAUGCGCCAGAAUAAAUUGUUGUCCGAGCAGAUGGAGCAAGCUCAACAAGUGCCCUCUGCUCACAUAGAGCAGAUCAUGAAAUCUGGUUUCAGUAUGAGCGACAUCAAAGGAUUGCAAAGGAACUAUUCGGAGGAUGCGGUGGAAGCCGACGAAAUGAUGAAAGAGUCACCGAUUCCUAUGCAGAGGAACAAACCGGCGAGGCCUCCGAGGAAAGGUUCCCUGUACGGAUCGCGGACGGGAAACAUGGAGAACGCGAUUAGCGAGGCCGACAUGAACGGAUACGGCGACAUGAACGGCGAUAUCAAAGACGAUAAGAAGAAACGUGGGCGUUCGCCGUUCCGAUUCUUCUCGCGGAAAGCGAAGUCUCCGGAUGCGAAAUCGAAAACGCCCGAGCCACCGAUACGCUCCGACGUCUCUGACAAAAGCACUAAGACACUGUCGAUGAACAAAGCAAGUAGCCGGCCUCCCCAAAUUCGUAUAUCAAACACGGACUUGAAAGUGGUACCGCCCCAGAUCCCAGAACGAAACGCGCCCAAAGCAAUGUCCGUUCUGACGGGGAGCGGCGUCGAGGCGAUUGGAAACGAGAUAUUCGAUACGGAAUGCUUGAAAUUGAUGAACGAAUAUUUCUACGGGGUACGAAUAUUCCCUGGACAGGAUCCAACUCACGUUUACGUAGGAUGGGUGACCUCGCAGUACCAUUUGCACACCAAGGACUUCAAUCUCUCUCGAGUGAGGAAGGGUUCCGUGGUUAUCACGGACGACUACGAUCGUCCGGUGGAGCAGGUUGACAGACAAAGUUGCUACAUGGUAAGAGCAGACGAGCUUUACAACGAGGUGACGCAAGACGCAUCGGGCAAAGGCGCGUCUCAAGGGAUGUUCGUCGGAUGUUUCGUGGACACGGCGACUGGGUGGGUUUCCUUCACGUGCGAGGGAAAGGAGACCAGUCACAAGUUCAAGAUGGAACCUGACACGAAACUAUUCCCCGCCAUCUUCGUGGAGGCUACCAGUAAAGAGAUCCUUCAAAUCGAGCUCGGAAGAACUUCUACGACGUUGCCACUGUCCGCCGCGGUGUUGCAGAAUUCUGAGCGUCACGUGAUACCGCAGUUUCCGCCUAGACUGAAGGUCCAAUGUCUGAAGCCUCAUCAGUGGGCCAGAGUUCCCAAUCAGUCCCUCCAAGUGCACGCGUUAAAGUUGUCCGAUAUCAGGGGUUGGUCCAUGUUAUGCGAGGACGCUAUAUCGAUGCUGGCUUUGCACAUUCCUGAAGAAGAUAGGUGUAUCGAUAUCUUGGAAUUGAUCGAAAUGGACAAGCUACUCAGUUUCCACGCGCAUACUCUGACGCUGUACGCGGCUCUGUGCUACCAAUCGAAUUACAGAGCAGCACACGCUCUGUGUCAGCACGUCGAUCAGAAACAAUUGUUGUACGCGAUUCGAGCGGAAUACAUGUCUGGACCCCUACGACAAGGAUUCUACGACUUGCUGAUCGCGUUGCAUCUCGAAUCACACGCGACUACGAUGGAAGUAUGCAAGAACGAAUACAUCAUUCCUUUAGGUCAAGAAUUGAAGGAACUGUACGAAAACGAAGAAAUGAAACACAGUCUCAGGUAUCUGGAGACCGAGUCGGUCCGACCUCAGAUGAAAAUGACAGACAUCAGGGAUGAUUCUUCCAGCGACCAGGCGAUCGAGAACAUAAGGAGCCUAUACAGCCCGCACUUCCCUCUCGAUGUGGUGAGGGAUUACGUGAUGACCGCUUUGAACGAGGCUGUCGAGAUCAAUCAAGUUCACAAUCGAGAUCCAAUCGGAGGCAGCAAUGAGAAUCUUUUCUUACCACUUUUGAAACUUGUAGACAGAUUGCUCUUGGUUGGAAUGCUCAGGAACGAAGACAUCAUGAAGCUUCUGAUCAUGAUCCAUCCCGAGACUUGGGACCCAACGUUUGAAAAAGAGGGAAAGGACGAGCACAAGAAGGGAUUGCUUCACAUGAAAAUGGCCGAGGGAGCUAAGCUGCAGAUGUGCUAUCUUCUCCAUCACCUGAACGACAUCCAGCUUCGACAUCGCGUCGAGUCCAUCAUCGCGUUCAGCCACGAUUUCGUUGGCGAUCUCCAAUCCGAUCAACUUAGACGUUACAUCGAGAUCAAACAGUCCGAUUUGCCAUCGGCGGUGGCAGCCAAGAAGACCAGAGAGUUUAGAUGUCCGCCUCGAGAACAGAUGAACGCGAUCUUAAGUUUCAAGAAUAUGGAAUUCGAGGAUGAUCCCGAGAAUAUACCUUGCGGAGAAGAGUUGAUAAGCAAGAUGAACGAAUUCCACAACAAUCUCAUGUCUUACGUGUCCUUGCACGCUCUUGAGGAAGCAGCGGAUGCCUUGGCAGAGUCAAUGGAAGAGGUUCAGAAACCUGGCGCCAUCAAGAGGUUGUUCAAUUUUAUCAACGCGGUGAAAGAGUUGGAGGAGGAACCUAAACCUGAACCGGAACCUGAAAGGAAGACUCCAGAAGAGGUAUUCCGCAAAGUUCUCAUAAAAACUAUCGUCAGCUGGGCUGAGGAAUCCCAGAUCGAGACUCCAAAGCUGGUUCGAGAAAUGUUCAGUUUGCUUGUCCGUCAAUACGAUACCGUGGGCGAAUUAAUUCGAGCCUUGGAGAAGACUUACGUGAUCAACAGCAAGACGAAAGACGACGUUGCUUUGAUGUGGGUCGGUUUGAGCCAGAUCCGUGCUCUGUUGCCUGUCCAAAUGUCCCAAGAGGAGGAGGAAUUGGUCAGAGAACGACUCUGGAAAUUAGUGAACAAUCACACGUUCUUCCAGCAUCCAGAUCUGAUCAGAGUAUUGAGAAUUCACGAGAACGUGAUGGCGAUCAUGAUGAAUACGCUGGGCAGACGUGCACAGGCGCAGUCGGACGCUCAAACACAACCACAGACAACCGAAGGAGAACCAGUUUCCAAAGAGAAGGAUACUUCUCAUGAAAUGGUGGUGGCAUGCUGUAGAUUUCUAUGCUACUUUUGUCGAACAUCGAGGCAAAAUCAGAAGGCGAUGUUCGAUCAUUUCGACUUCCUCUUAGAGAACAGCAAUAUUUUACUGUCGAGGCCAUCGUUAAGAGGUUCGACGCCAUUGGACGUGGCUUAUUCCUCUCUUAUGGAAAAUACGGAGCUUGCUUUAGCACUGAGAGAACAUUACCUCGAAAAGAUUGCCAUCUACUUGUCUCGUUGCGGUUUGCAAUCGAAUUCGGAAUUGGUUGAGAAAGGUUAUCCUGAUCUAGGUUGGGAUCCAGUGGAAGGUGAACGAUACUUGGAUUUCUUGAGAUUCUGCGUUUGGGUUAAUGGUGAAAGUGUCGAGGAAAAUGCAAACUUAGUGAUCCGUCUGCUGAUCAGAAGACCAGAAUGUUUGGGUCCAGCUCUUCGUGGUGAAGGCGAAGGUUUAUUAAGAGCCAUUAUAGACGCCAACAAGAUGUCCGAAAAAAUCGCGGAUCGACGAAAAGUACACGACGAAGCGGAGGGUUCAACGGUUAUGCAAUUCGAACAUCCACUUCCAGAAUCAGAUGACGACGAAGACUAUAUCGACACGGGAGCCGCCAUCUUGAAUUUCUAUUGUACUUUGGUGGAUUUGUUAGGCCGCUGCGCUCCAGAUUCUUCCGUUAUCGAACAAGAGGCUUCUACAGAAUCUGUCGGAAAGAACGAAUCUCUUCGAGCGAGAGCUAUUCUUCGAUCGUUGGUGCCUCUUGAUGAUCUACAAGGUGUCUUGUCUUUAAGAUUCACUUUACUGAAUCCAGCAGCAGGUGAAGAGAAACCAAAGAGCGAUAUGCCAUCUGGUUUGAUUCCUGGACACAAGCAGAGCAUCGUUCUGUUUCUGGAACGCGUUUACGGCAUCGAAACUCGGGAACUGUUUUUCAAAAUACUCGAGGAAGCUUUCUUGCCUGAUCUCAGAGCUGCUACUAUGCUGGAUAGGAACGAUGGAUACGAAUCAGAUAUGGCGUUAGCGAUGAAUCGUUACAUCGGGAACAGUAUUCUACCAUUGUUGAUCAAGCAUUCCAAGUUCUAUAACGAGGCUGACAAUUACGCUAGUUUAUUGGACGCCACGUUACAUACUGUGUACCGAUUGAGCAAGAACAGAAUGCUGACAAAGGGUCAACGAGAAGCAGUCUCGGAUUUCCUCGUGGCAUUGACCAGAGAAGUCCACGAGUUAAAUGUCUCCCAAAUGCAGCCCAGUAUGCUGUUGAAACUGCUUCGAAAGCUGACCGUGGACGUAUCCAAACUAUCUGAAUAUACGACCGUCGCUUUAAGGCUGCUGACCUUGCAUUACGAUCGUUGUGCAAAAUAUUACGGUUCAACUGGCGGACAAGGUGCAUACGGUGCAUCGAGCGAUGAAGAGAAACGUUUGACUAUGGUUUUGUUCAGCAACAUAUUCGAUUCAUUGUCCAAGAUGGAUUAUGAUCCAGAAUUGUUCGGAAAAGCUCUGCCUUGUCUCACAGCUAUCGGUUGCGCGUUACCACCUGACUAUUCAUUGUCUAAAAAUUACGACGACGAGUGGUACGGAAGUAAAUCUGCAUCUGCACAGUCGCCUGAUGGACCAUACAAUCCUCAACCUAUUAAUACGUCCAGUGUGGUGCUGAAUAAUGAUCUUAAUCAGAUAGUACAGAAAUUCUCCGAGCAUUAUCACGAUGCUUGGGCCAGUAGAAAAUUAGAAAAUGGUUGGACAUAUGGCGAACAGUGGUCUGAUAUGAACAAAACUCAUCCGAGAUUAAAGCCUUAUAAUAUGUUAAACGAUUACGAGAGAGAACGAUACAAAGAGCCAGUUAGGGAGAGUUUAAAAGCUUUGCUUGCUAUAGGAUGGAGCGUUGAACACGCAGAAGUGGAUGUACCCUCUACGAAUCGUAGUUCAAUGAGGAGAUCAUCGAAAAGUCAGGGUGAUUCAGCGAAUCCAUUCAAUUACAAUCCUCAUCCAGUUGAUAUGACCAAUUUGACUUUGAGCAGAGAAAUGCAAAAUAUGGCGGAACGUCUCGCGGAUAAUGCGCAUGAUAUUUGGGCGAAAAAGAAGAAAGAGGAACUUAUCACUUGUGGAGGAGGUAUUCAUCCUCAGCUAGUCCCGUACGAUCUUUUGACCGAUAAAGAGAAACGAAAAGACCGCGAACGUUCCCAAGAAUUCUUAAAAUAUUUGCAAUAUCAAGGUUACAAGCUUCACAAACCGAAUCGAGGCGGAGAAUCGGAAGUUGCGACAGCUGGUGCCUCGGUGGAAUUGCGAUUUGCAUAUUCGUUGCUAGAAAAGUUGAUAGCCUACCUGGACAAAGCUACCAUUAACAUGAAAUUGUUGAAACCUUCAGAUACGUUCAGCCGUAGAAACAGUUUCAAGACGUCCACGAGGGACAUUAAAUUCUUCAGCAAGGUCGUUCUUCCAUUAAUGGAAAAAUAUUUCAGCACGCACAAGAAUUACUUCAUCGCUGUAGCUACGGCUACCAACAACGUUGGAGCUGCAUCUCUGAAGGAGAAAGAGAUGGUCGCGGCUCUGUUUUGCAAAUUGGCAAGUUUAUUGAGAUCUAGAUUGGCUGCGUUUGGACCAGAUGUUAGGAUCACUGUCAGAUGCCUUCAAGUAUUAGUCAAGGGCAUAGACGCAAAGAGUUUGGUGAAGAAUUGUCCCGAAUUCAUCAGAACGUCCAUGUUGACUUUCUUUAAUAACACCGCGGAUGAUCUAGGACACACGAUUCUGAAUUUACAAGAGGGCAAGUACAGUCAUCUGAGGGGAACGCAUUUGAAGACUUCCACGUCUUUAUCGUACAUCAAUAGCGUAGUUCUGCCCGUUUUAACAGCCAUGUUCGAUCAUUUGGCUGCCUGCGAGUAUGGUAGCGAUUUGUUACUGGACGAGAUUCAGGUAGCAUCCUACAAAAUGCUGGCAUCUCUUUACACCUUGGGCGUAGAUGCGACGUUGACGCACGAUAGAAAAUAUUUAAAGACGGAAAUCGAACGUCACAAACCAAAUUUAGGCUCCUGCUUAGGUGCUUUCUCCAGUUGUUUCCCCGUAGCCUUUUUGGAACCCCAUUUAAACAAACACAAUCAAUAUUCUCUUCUGAAUCGUAUCGCCGAUCACUCGUUGGAAGCACAGGAUAUUAUGACGAAAAUGGAGUCGAGCAUGCCCACUCUCGAGACGAUUUUGACGGAAGUCGAUCAAUUCGUCGAAUCUGAAAAAACUUACAACGAAGUUCCUCACGUGGUCGACGUUAUUCUUCCUCUACUUUGCUCUUAUCUGCCCUUCUGGUGGGCCCAGGGUCCGGACAACGUAAAUCCGACCGAAGGAACGUAUGUCAGUAUGGUUACCAGCGAUCACAUGAAUCAAUUACUGAAAAAUGUAUUAAAAUUGAUCAAGAAGAACAUCGGCAACGAGAAUGCACCUUGGAUGACUCGUAUCGCGGCUUACACUCAACAGAUCAUCAUCAAUUCGUCGGAGGAGUUGUUGAAGGAUCCGUUCUUACCGCUUGCUGAACGUGUCAGAAAGCGUACAGAUACUAUGUUUCACAAGGAAGAAUCUCUUCGUGGUUUCAUCAAAUCGUCGACGGAUGACACGUCUCAAGUCGAAGCACAGAUUCAAGAAGAUUGGCAACUUUUGGUUCGUGACAUCUAUUCCUUCUAUCCUCUUUUGAUCAAGUACGUUGACUUGCAAAGGAAUCAUUGGUUAAGGAAUAAUAUAUCAGAAGCGGAAGAUCUUUAUAAUCACGUGGCAGCGAUAUUUAACAUCUGGUCGAAAUCUCAGUACUUCUUGAGAGAGGAACAGAACUUUAUAUCUGCAAACGAGAUCGAUAAUAUGGUGCUCAUAAUGCCUACUGCGACCAGGAGACCUGCCGCCAUCUCAGAUGGAACUGCACCUUCUGGAGGAGGCAAGAAAAAGAAGAAACAUCGAGACAAGAAGAGGGAUAAAGACAAAGAGGUGCAAGCUUCUUUGAUGGUAGCAUGUUUGAAAAGAUUACUCCCAGUUGGUCUCAAUUUAUUCGCCGGUCGUGAACAAGAAUUAGUGCAACACUGCAAGGACAGAUUCCUGAAGAAGAUGCCGGAAUACGAAAUCGCUGAAUUCGCCAAGACUCAAUUGACUUUACCGGACAAGAUCGAUCCAGCUGACGAGAUGUCGUGGCAACACUAUCUGUACUCCAAAUUGGGUCAAAAGAAGGACUCCAUGGAACCAGUGAAAGCGCAACAGCUUGAGGAUGUGGUUGCGAGAAUCACCGACAUGGCCAAAGUCCUUUAUGGUUUACACAUGAUAGAUCAUCCGCAACAGCAGAGCAAGGGUCAAUAUCGAUCCGUGGUAUCGAUACAACGUAAACGAGCAGUAAUUGCUUGCUUCCGUCAAACUUCCCUACAUUCCUUGCCCAGGCAUCGGGCUAUAAAUAUUUUCGCGCGAACAUACUACGAGCUCUGGUUGCAGGAUGAAAAUGUUGGCCAAGAAGUGAUGAUUGAAGACCUAACGCAAUCCUUUGAAGACGCGGAAUUGAAGAAAAUGGACAAGGACGAGGACGAAGGAAAACCAGAUCCGCUCACACAACUCGUAACAACGUUCUGUCGUGGCGCUAUGACAGAACGAUCUGGCGCGCUUCAAGAAGAUCCUUUGUACAUGAGUUACGCGCAAAUUAUAUCGAAAUCUUGCGGUGAAGAGGAAGAAGAAGGUGAAGAUGAGGGCGGAGGGGGUGAAGAAGAAGGCGGCGCCUCGAUCCACCGACCGAUGCACAAACUUAUGGAACAAGAAAUGGAAAAGCAGAAGCUUCUUUUCCACCAAGCACGACUCGCGAAUCGUGGCGUGGCAGAGAUGGUAUUGCUUCACAUCUCAGCCUGCAAAGGUGUUCCCAGCGAGAUGGUGAUGAAGACCUUGGAAUUGGGAAUCUCCAUCCUACGCGGCGGUAAUAUAGAGAUUCAACGAGGAAUGCUCAACCAUUUAAAAGAAAAAAAGGACGUAGGAUUCUUCACAUCGAUUGCCGGUCUCAUGAAUUCCUGCAGCGUACUGGACCUGGAUGCGUUCGAAAGGAACACGAAAGCGGAAGGUCUUGGUGUCGGUUCCGAGGGAGCUGCUGGAGAGAAGAACAUGCACGAUGCUGAAUUUACAUGUGCUCUAUUUCGUUUUAUCCAACUGACUUGCGAGGGUCAUAAUCUUGAUUGGCAGAAUUAUUUAAGAACGCAAGCUGGUAACACAACAACGGUGAACGUAGUCAUCUGCACCGUCGAUUAUCUACUGCGACUCCAAGAAUCCAUCAUGGACUUCUAUUGGCAUUAUUCCAGCAAGGAACUCAUCGACCCUGCCGGCAAGGCUAAUUUUUUCAAAGCUAUUGGCGUUGCCAGUCAAGUGUUCAAUACUCUCACUGAGGUAAUUCAAGGACCUUGCGCACAGAAUCAACAAGCACUGGCACAUUCUCGAUUGUGGGAUGCGGUUGGUGGAUUCCUUUUCCUUUUCUCUCAUAUGCAAGACAAGUUGUCCAAACACUCGAGUCAGGUGGAUUUAUUGAAGGAGUUGCUCAACUUACAAAAAGAUAUGAUCACUAUGAUGUUGUCUAUGCUGGAAGGUAAUGUCGUAAAUGGAACUAUUGGAAAACAGAUGGUGGAUACAUUGGUAGAAUCUGCAGGCAAUGUCGAAUUGAUUCUCAAAUACUUCGACAUGUUCUUGAAAUUGAAAGAUCUCGUAUCAUCUCCUAGCUUCUUAGAGGUGGAUUUGAACAGCGAUGGCUGGGUGUAUCCGAAAGAUUUUAAAGAAAAAAUGGAACAACAGAAGAGCUAUACCGACGAGGAAAUCGAAUUCUUAUUGGCCUGUUGCGAGACGAACCACGACGGUAAAAUCGACUAUGUGGCUUUCAUGGACCGUUUCCACGAACCGGCUAAAGAAAUCGGUUUCAAUCUUGCCGUUCUGUUAACCAAUUUAUCGGAGCAUAUGCCUAAUGAACCCAGAUUAGCGAGAUUCCUCGAAACAGCAGGCUCUGUGUUGAACUAUUUCGAGCCGUAUCUCGGCAGAAUCGAGAUUCUCGGUGGAAACAAGAAGAUCGAACGCGUAUACUUUGAGAUCAAGGAAUCAAACAUCGAACAAUGGGAGAAACCACAAAUUAAAGAGUCGAAGAGGACAUAUUUCUACAAUACCGUAGUAGAGGCAGGAGAGAAAGAAAAAUUGGAGACUUUCAUCAACUUCUGCGAAGACGCCAUCUUUGAAAUGCAACACGCGAGUGCAUUGAUGGCAGUGGAAGAAAGUGGAGGAAUCGGAAAGGCCAGAGAAUCUUCCUAUACUUAUAUGACGGAUGAUGAUGAGGAAAGAAACAAGGAUCCUAUCAGAAGAGGCAUCCAAACGUUUAAGGAUAGCAUUUACUUCUUCUUCUCCAUAUUCUCUCCUAGCAACAUCAAGAACAAGAUCGCUGAGAUGCAACAGAUGACAUUUUUGGAACUCUUUAUCGGCUUCUUUAAAAUGAUUUUCUACGCGUUUUAUUAUUCUGGUUUCGGUGUUGGUUGCAUAAUCGGAUAUUUCAUGAGAUUACUAUUGGCAUUGAUGAAAGGACCACACGUGGAAGAGCCCGUAGUCGAGGUAAAAGAAGAGGAGGAGAAACCAUCGAGACAUUUGCCCGCUUUGCCACCAACUCCGGAUGAGUCUAAUCUACAGGUACAAGCAUUCGGAAUGGAUAUAACGAAAGAGGAAGGGGGACAGAUAAAGAUUGCACCUCACGAAUCGGCUACAUCUACUCCUCAAUCAAGUAUCGAGGAAACGGGCGAAAGCACACCGGAAGAAGCCACUGGAGAAGAAAGUGCGAGAGCUGAAGGAGGUGGAGAUAUGGAAUCACCUGUUUCGUUGGCCGAUUUGUUAGGAGGUGAACAAGCUAGAGCUCAAGCUGCAGCCGCGGCAGAAGCAGCGGCAGCUCAACAGGCAGCAAUGGCUGCGGUUGAGGCGGAAGCGAAACAAGAAACAAUAGCAGAGCCAUCAGCUUCCUCUAUCGACUUUUCCGAGUAUACGCAUCGCGUUGUCUCCUUCUUGGCAAGGAAUUUUUAUAAUCUGAAAUACGUGGCUCUAGUGCUCGCUUUCUGUAUCAAUUUUAUGUUGCUGUUCUAUAAGGUUUCGUCUUUGGGUAACGAAGGAGGUGAGGAAGGAAGUGGUCAGAUAGUGGAUAUGUUGGCAGAGAUGUCUGGCGAGAGUGCAUCUGGUUCUGGAAAUGGCAGUGGAGUUGAAAUAGGUAGCGGUAGCGGGGAGGCUGAAUCGGAGGAAGAGGAAGAUGAGUACGCUCUGGAAUAUGUGGAAGUGGCAGAGGAUUUCUAUUAUAUGGCACACGUUAUAAGGCUCAUGGCUAUUCUUCAUGCGAUCGUCUCUCUUGCUAUGCUAGUUGCCUAUUAUCAUUUGAAAGUACCGUUGGCUAUCUUUAAACGAGAAAAGGAAAUUGCGCGACGCGUGGAAUUCGAUGGUCUAUAUAUUGCUGAAACACCGGAAGAGGAUGAUAUCAAAGCACAUUGGGAUAAGAUGGUGAUAUCGGCAAAAACGUUCCCUGUGAAUUAUUGGGAUAAGUUCGUAAAAAAGAAAGUUCGACAAAAAUACAGUGAGACCUACGAUUUCGACUACAUCAGCAAUUUGCUUGGGAUGGAAAAGACAUCGUUUAGUCAACAGGAAGAAGAGGGUUCUGGUUUGAUACACUUCAUCGUUAAUAUCGAUUGGAGGUAUCAAGUAUGGAAAGCUGGAGUUACCAUCACGGAUAACGCAUUCUUGUACAGUUUAUGGUACUUUACAUUUUCAAUCCUUGGCAAUUAUAACAAUUUCUUCUUCGCUGCUCAUUUACUGGACGUCGCAGUUGGUUUCAAAACUCUGAGAACGAUCUUACAGUCUGUGACACACAAUGGCAAACAAUUGGUGUUGACAGUAAUGUUACUGACUAUUGUCGUCUACAUAUAUACGGUUAUAGCUUUCAAUUUCUUCAGAAAAUUCUAUAUUCAAGAAGAAGACGAUGAAGUAGAUAAAAAAUGCCACGACAUGUUAACAUGCUUCGUAUUCCAUCUGUACAAAGGUGUCAGAGCUGGUGGUGGUAUUGGUGACGAAAUUGGUGAACCUGAUGGCGAUGAUUAUGAAGUUUACCGUAUCAUGUUUGACAUCACUUUCUUCUUUUUCGUCAUUGUUAUUCUGUUGGCCAUUAUUCAAGGUUUGAUUAUCGAUGCGUUCGGUGAACUUCGAGAUCAACUUGAGAACGUGAAAACGAACAUGGAAAGCAACUGUUUCAUUUGUGGUUUAGGAAAAGAAUAUUUCGAUACGGUACCACAUGGUUUCGAUACUCAUGUCCAACAGGAGCACAAUCUUGCUAAUUACAUGUUCUUCCUUAUGCACUUAAUCAAUAAACCAGACACCGAAUACACGGGUCAAGAAACGUACGUGUGGAACAUGUAUCAGCAAAGGUGUUGGGAUUUCUUCCCAGUCGGUGAUUGCUUCCGCAAGCAGAACGAGGCGGUGGAGGAAGAGGCAAAGAAGAAAUAAAGAAAAUUUUUCGUAUUUAUGUCACUUUUCAUAUAAUUGACCAAAAUCAAACAAUUUACUAAGGAAAAAUCUCUUUCCUGAAUCGUCUUCGAUAAUCGUAGGUUGUAAUUUCUAUACGCAAAAAAAUAUGGCGCGUUAAAUCGUCGCGAACGUACCAUUUUCAAUUUUUAGAACGCUAUACUUUCACUCGUCUGUCGAUAGAUAAACUACAUAGAACAUUGAAUGCAUACCUUUUACAUUCGACAUUUAAUCGUUAUUCCAACUUUUACACGAAUUCUUCGACACACGAUUGGAAUGCAGAUUAAUCGAAGAAAUUAUGCGAGUUGCACGCGCAACAGAUUUCGAUCACGCGUGAACGAGUGAAACAAGCCGGGAGACUGGGCAAAAUAUUUUUCCAACUUAUUUUUCCAACUUUGUAAAGAUGGCUGGAUAUUCGUAUAUUCGACACAAUUUCCUCCUUAGAUAGAUAAUUUACAAAGUGUUGUUGAUCAUCGACAAGUGAACCGACUGCACAAAUUUACUACAUUAAAUCAUAAACGUUGCGAUUGCCUUCUUUUCAUACGUCGGAAAUGAUCACAUUUUUCGCAUAACAAUUUAACUCAUUAACAUGUAAUGUUUGAGAUAUUAUAAGGAUUAUUACGUAAGUUGAAGAUGUUUAAAAGUUUAUAUCAAAUGUAUAGGUUUCUACGAUUACGUGGAAACUUUUUUAAAAGAAAAAAAAAAAAAUUAUUGACUGAAAUCGCAAUUUAAUCAAACAAUGUCAAUAUAGUGUAAAUAACGAUCUAUACAAAACAAGAUUACCUGAGAAUAAAGAAAGACAUACUUCUUUACAUCA